AAAAAAAAAAAAAAAUCAGAAAAUGGGGGGAAAGGUGGUAGUAUCAGUAAUAUCCAUAAUAUUGGUGGUAGGAGUUGUAAUAGGACUGGUGGCAGUAGUGCAUCGAGAUAAGGGUGAUAGUCACAAGGAAGGUGGUAAAGAUGAUGAGAACUUGUCAUCUUCAAUGAAGACAGUAAAUGCAUUAUGUGGUCCGACGACAUAUAAGGAUUCGUGCAUCAAGAACCUAGGCUCGGUUGCACAAAACCAAAGCGCCACACCACAUGACUACGUAAAAGCCGGUGUCAAGUUAGCAUUAGAGGAGAUAGCUAGAGCCACCAACCUUACUGACACGCUUGUACCUAAAGCCAAUGCAACCAAGAAACCGGAGAUGGCCAAUAUGGCUAUUGAAAGUUGUAAGAACUUGUUUGACCUCGCUAUAGAUCGCCUUGAUGGGGCUCUUGACCAAGUCCAUGAUCCUAAUAUAUAUAAGGACAAAGGACUUGUAUGGAGCCUUCGCCUUUGGCUUACUGAUGUUGUCACUUUUUCUACGAGCUGUGCGGAUGAGUUUGGAGAGGCCGAGGCUCCAGACCUUCAAAAAAUCAUGCAAGAUGGUGUUGUCAAUGCCACCGAGGUCACUAUUAGCAUGUUGGACAUUGUUACCACCUUUAAUGAAGCCCUUGCCGGCCUAGACCUUUCAAUUAAUGCUACCAAUUUGGUUCAGCAGGUUAAGACUGGUGAUAGUUUAGAUGUUAAUAAUAUUCCCACAAAUAAACGUCACCUUCUUGGCAUGGCUAUUGAUGGAGAGGGAAAUCCUACAUGGUUAUCUUCCUUAGAUCGUAGGCUUUUGAGCGAUGGAAACAAAGGCUCUAAAAAAACUUCUGGAAAGGGGGGUAAGAAGAGUAAGGGAAAAGGAAUAAAGAAGGGCAAAGGUGUUGCAGCUGGAGCAGGUGUCGCUGCUGCUACUGGAGCUAUUGCUGCUCCUGCUAUUGUACCUGGAAUGAAGCCUAAUGCGAUAGUUGCCCAAGAUGGUAGUGGUCAAUUUAAAACCAUCGUAGAUGCUCUCAAGACGCAUCCAGGUGAGGUGCAAGGUCGAUUUGUUAUCUAUGUCAAGGCCGGCAUCUAUAAGGAGGAUGUGUUGAUAGGAAAACAACAUAAUAACGUUUUCAUGUACGGUGAUGGCCCUACAAAAACAGUGGUUAUGGGUGAUAAGAGCUUUGCAAAAGGUGUACAAACAUCAAAAACUGCUCCAUUCCAAGUUGAAGGGUUUGGGUUCCUUUGCAAGGAUAUGGGGUUUCAAAACACUGCAGGGCCACAAGGGCAUCAGGCUGUAGCUUUAAGGGUCAAUGGUUUACAAGCAGUGUUCCAAAACUGUUUUUUUGAUGGUUACCAAGACACUCUAUACGUCCAAGGUGGAUCCCAAUUCUUCCGCGAUUGUCAAAUAUCUGGAACUGUUGAUUUCAUCUUUGGCAAUGGUGCUUCUUUGAUCCAGAACUCAAAAAUCAUUGCAAGAAGGGGUAAUCCUGGACAACAAAAUCUAGUCACAGCUCAGGGUGGGAUAGCAGCUAACGAGGCCACAGGGAUUGUGAUCCAAGGGUGUGAAAUCUUAGCGGGGACAGAUCUUUUUCCAGAAAGGCUAAAGGUUGCAACUUACUUAGGCCGUCCAUGGAAGCCUUACGCUAAAACCGUAUUCAUGGAAACUGUCAUGGGUGACUUAAUCCAACCAGCUGGUUAUUUUUCAUGGCAAUCACCAGAAGGAAAAAAUAACCAUUUGACUGCUUUCUAUGGCGAGUAUGCUAACCGUGGACCAGGCUCCAAUACCGCUAUGAGGGUUAAGUGGCCACAAGUUAAGGUCUUAGAUAAGACUACAGCCCAACGUUACUCUGCUGCUACCUUUUUAGCAGGUGCUCCUUGGGUGAAGGUUGCUGGUGUUCCAAUCAGUCUUAAUGUUGCUUAGAUAUCCAUUAGAGUAGAAACCAAACUUUUAAGUAAUUAGGAUUUAAUAAUUCUAUAUCCUAA